UAUAAAUAGACGCUCCUAAAAUUGAAAAGUAAACAUUCAAGUAACGAGAAGAUAAAAGCAGAUUGCCUAUUGAGAAUCAUACAGUGAGAUAGGCUCUAUCGAAGUUAGCACGGCAAGGUUUGUAAAGUAUACCUCGUACUACCGAACACUUGAACGUAAACGUAUAAUGGCGGACCUGACACAAACAGAGGAGUGUAUCGAGGCUAUCCGAAAGGCCGCAGAGGCAUUGUGUUCGGAGACAAAUAAGCUACGGGAUUCCAUGAUCAGGCGUGUAACACGCCAAUAUCAGGGUAAAGUCAGCAAUGGAGAUAUAGGUGAGGCGAACGAAAUCGGGGGAAAUGAUACAGACCUGCCAUUGCAUUUCCAACCCGGAGACAUCGAUGUCCAGAAGAUCCAGGCCAUCCUCGGGCGACUUGAAGCCAACGCGGACACGGCAAAAAAUGCAAGGCUACGGAAAAUGGCUUCAUUCCAAAUCACAAACCAGUCAGUGGAUGUGUUGGUAUCCACUUCCAGAGAGCAUGCGUGGUUGUGCGACCAUCUGAAGAACCUCUGUUUGGUCGACAAGGACGGCAAGACAUUGGUCAAACGGAAACUUGAUCACGUGCCGGAAUCUAUCACGAUCUCUGACGACGGCACAGUGUACUUCACGUCCUACCGGGAAAAGGCUAUCAAGAAGCUGGACGUGUCGGGAAAGAUUACAUACGUUCUGAACACGUCGCCUCUACAUCCUGUGGGACUGUCUCUUGCAAAUGAAGGCGACCUGCUCAUUUGUGUCGUUGACAAGUUCGACUUCGUGACUGGCAAGAAUAAACCAAAGGACAUACUGAAGGUAAAAAUAGACAGGGGUGAGGUCAAGUCUGUCAAGUUCAAGGAUGACAGCGAAAAGCUUACUGCUCCAUACCGAAUUCUGGAGAAUACAAACGGUGAUGUUUUAGUGAUAGAUGGACUGUCAGAAACCUCUGGACGAUUAGUGGUGUUCAAUGAUGUAGGGGGCGUGAAAUUUACCUACAGUGGUGAUGAUACCGGAAAUGGUCAGCCUUUCUGUCCAACAAACAUGUGCAUUGACCAUAUCGGAAACAUUUUUGUUGUGGACGGUGGGUCACACUGUAUCCACGUAUUGAACAGUGUCGGGGAACUGCAGAGGAAAAUCAUCUCGGAUGAGAUUGGAGGGGUGGAGCCGACCAUUCUGAGCAUCGGGCAGGACGGGAUUAUGUGGGUAGGACAUGCUAAUGGCGAGGUCGCUGUGUAUAGGUAUAGGCGAUCUCACAGAGCGUCCGGAGUGUCGCGGGUGCGAGAUGAAAAGGAAACAUUUUUCUGAAUGGAACAUACUGUCCAUUGUACGUUUUGACCUAUACAACGCGAUAUUGUGUGUAUCGGAUGUAUCUGCAAUAAUAACACAAAUAUGAAUCGAAGAUUCAGUAGGCUUUGUUGAAGGCAAAUCUAAUGGAUUGCAAUAUGAGUUUAGAUGCUUGUUGUAUAAUGAAUUAAUCUCAUUUGAUACGUUUUAAAUUCAAAGGACUGUGAUUAAGUUAACCGGCAAUGCAUGGUUCUUUAUGUGUAAAAGUACUGAAAAAGAAACUGUAGCACCCUAUAUAUAUCAUACAUGUGUUGCCGAAAAUUAGCGAAAACUCCUUUUUUCAAAUAUACCAUUUCCAAUUAUUGAACAAUAAAUAAAUGAACUACCAAUCCGGAAGUUGAGAGGUAUCUUACAUUUUACAUACGAAUUAGCGAGAAACAUUAAGAAUAUAAUUCUAUGAAUUAAAAUAAUAGAAUAUUCAACCAAAGUGCUGUAAAGUCGAUAUACAGUAAUGCAGGAAAUGUAUAACCAUGUGCUUACAUUUGUAAUUGUGAAAUCACGAACGACAAGUCUGAAUUUUCAAAAUGUUUAGCUCAAAAGAAUAAGAAGUCUGUCUACAACUUUAUUGUUAAAGAGUGCUGUCAACUUAAGUGAUGUACAGAGAUAGGAUUAUAAAAUCGAGUUAAUGUUUAUGGGACGUAUUACACGAUACGUUAUCUUAAGAAAAUCGGACGAAGAUUGCGCAAUGUACACAGGUUCAUACAUGUGUGACAUUAUGUAUCCAGCGCGGAUCUGUGAGUCACGGGUAUGUAUAGUGGUUUAUCAGCUAUGAUUCAAGUCAUCAACUAUCCACAGUAUAUCGCAUUGGUAUGUGUGCAAAGGUUAUCAGCUACGAUUACAAUCUUUAUUUCAUCAGCUCACCACUGUCAAGAUUAUCAAGAAAUCAUGUGUUAUAAGUAAAAUGUGAUUAAAGGGAGCUUACUCUAUUUCUACAUCAAAUAAAAUGUACUUCUAAUGGUAAUAAAGGAAUUCGAAGGUAUAGGCCUAGCGGUGCCUCCCGUCUAUUUUUUUUUAAAAUGUAGCAUUUGUACGUGUUCACUGGAAAUUAAAGACAUAUUAUUUAACUGCAUCCAUUUAUCAAUCAAUAUAAAGCGUCGGUACUAACUUCGCUACAAAUCUAUAUACAUGUAACUAGUAUCAGCCCGCAGUGAAUAAACAUUGACAAUCAUUCAGCAAUAUCACUAAAAGGUGAAAUAUUUUUUUUAUCCUAAA